CACGGCCCCCGCGGCAGCCGCUGUUGCUGCUGGGGCGCGGCUCUGCCCUGCUUCCGCCUUAAGAGGGGCUGCGUGAGGCGCGGGUCCCGGGGCGAGAGGCUUCCGCCCCGUCUGCGCGGCGCGGGCCUGCUGUGGGAGGUGACUCGCAAUGGAGUGUCCUGUCUAGAGCGGCGCGGCUGCCGGCGUAGAGAUGCGAUAGUAUCUCCUGGGCCCGGUAGUGGUGGGGACGCACCCUCGGAUGCUGUAUUCAGUUUUGACACCCUCAACCUCCCAGCAUUUUGGUGCUGGAGCGGAGCUGACGAAGUAUUUAGAACGCAAGUCUCCUGAGGAGUGGCUGAGGGAGCUGGAGCUUCAUCAUCGGUAGUCGUUGUGAGUUCCCUCAGAGAAAGGCUGUGGCUGCCAGAUUUACUCGCGUCGCAGAGUGUCGCUCUCAGCGCCAGUUACCGUAUUUACCUCGUGUUCGCGCCCAGCCACCUGACACCGGAGGCGGUUCCUUCUCGGCCUUUUUGCGCGGCCGCUGUCGCUUGUUUUUGAUCGUGUGUCGGCGCCGUAGGGAGCUCCCCGCCUCCUGUGGCCCUGCUGCCGGGCACUACCGUGAGCGCCGGCAUGGAUUACCGUGCGAUAGGGAUGAGCCAGAUCGUGCCCGGGCAGUUCGACGAUGCGGAUUGCUCCGACGGUGAACUUAGUGAAGAAACAGAAACAGCUAAAGAAGGUGAGGUCACUGAGAACUGCCAGUCAUGCCUCUGCAAAGAAUUUAACAUCGAGGAAGGAGAUGGUGAUGAUGACAAUGAUGAGGAUGAGGAAGAAGAUGAAGACUGGGACUGGGAUGAUGAAAUGGGAAGACUGAUGAAGCGCCCCAAUGCUGCUGGUGGACGCAAUCCACAGGCCAAUAGACAGACUCCUAACUGUUAUUCAGCAAAAAUGUCUACCCCUACCGACAAGGCUUUAAGGAAAUUUGAACAUAAAAUUAAUCUAGAUAAGCUAAAUUUUGAUGACUCUGUUAUAAAUAGAGUCACAGAAAAGUCUAGACAGAAGGAAGCAGACAUGUACCGAGUCAAAGACAAAUCAGACAGAGCAACAGUAGAACAGGUGUUGGAUCCAAGGACCCGAAUGAUUCUGUUCAAGAUGCUCACUAGAGGCAUCAUAGCAGAAAUCAAUGGCUGCAUCAGCACAGGGAAAGAAGCAAAUGUCUACCAUGCCACUACUGCCAUCGGAGAGAACAGAGCCAUAAAAAUUUACAAAACCUCCAUCCUGAUGUUUAAGGAUCGGGAUAAGUACGUGACUGGUGAAUUCAGAUUCCGGCAUGGCUAUUGCAAAGGCAACCCCAGAAAAAUGGUGAAAACGUGGGCUGAGAAAGAAAUGAGGAAUUUAAUAAGGUUGAAUACAGCCCAGAUACCUUGUCCAGAGCCAAUUAUGCUGAGGAGUCAUGUGCUAGUGAUGGGAUUUAUUGGUAAAGGUGAUAGGCCUGCUCCUCUGCUGAAGAAUGCUCAGUUAUCUGACUCCAAAGUUCGGGAGCUGUACCUGCAAGUUAUCCACUACAUGAGGAGAAUGUACCAAGAUGCCAGACUUGUUCAUGCAGAUCUCAGUGAAUUCAAUAUGCUGUACCACAGUGGGGAUGUGUACAUCAUUGAUGUGUCUCAGUCUGUGGAGCAUGACCACCCCCAUGCCCUGGAGUUCCUGCGAAAGGAUUGUGCCAAUGUUAACGACUUUUUCCAGAAGCACAAUGUUGCAGUGAUGACUGUACGGGAGCUGUUUGAGUUUAUUACUGAUCCUUCUAUCACUAGCCAGAACAUUGAUGACUACCUCUCAAAAGCAAUGGAAAUAGCAUCAAAAAGAACAGAAGAGGAAAGAUCCAGUCAAGAUAAAGUGGAUGAGGAAGUGUUUAAGAAGGCUUACAUACCUCGAACUCUGACAGAGGUUAAAAACUACGAGAGAGAUGUGGAUAUAAUGAUGAAACUGAAAGAGGAGGAUAUGGCAUUGAAUAUUCAGCAAGAUAAUAUUCUCUACCAGACUGUUACAGGACUGAAGAAGGAUUUGUCUGGUGUUCAGAAGAUUCCUGCACUUCUUGAGGAGAAGGCAUGCUGCUCAGAAACAGAUUCUGAUGAUGAUAGUGGUGCCUCAGAGGAUGCUGAUUCAGGCUGCAAAGAAUUUGUACAUCCCAAAGAUAAGCCUACUGAAGUCAGCGUGGAUAAAAAGGAAAGGAAAAAGAUGGUUAAAGAAGCCCAAAGAGAGAAGAGAAAAACCAAAAUCCCAAAGCACGUGAAGAAGAGGAAAGAAAAGACUGCAAAAAUGAAGAAAGGCAAAUAAAAUGAGCUUUGGCUUGGAGGGGGGAGGGGAUGGUUUGUUCUGGGCAAUUUAGUCAAUGUCUUUUUAAUUUUUACCAAAGGCAAAAAAAAAUCCUUUAUUUCUAUA